AUGGCCGAUUCGCUCAACUCCGAGAGGUUCCUCGUCCGCCUCAAGCGGCUUCACACGCAAUGGAACAAGGCGGCGAGCCUUCCGAUGUGGGGCGGCGCCUCAGCCCUGUGCAUCAUGUCGGGCGCUCAGAACGAGGACGACACGUACAAGAAGUCCAUCGCGCUGCAGCUGCACCUCAUGGCGUGGGAGCUGCCCGACACGGUCAUGAUCUUGGCGAAGGACGGCACUCUGUACGUGCUCGGCACCCCUAAGAAGUGCGCCUUUCUGGAGAAAGCCUCGGAGGAAGCCAAGGACGGAAUGAAGGUUGUGCUGCUGCCGCGCAACAAGGCCGACGCGAACGCGGAGAACCACAAGAAGCUCGUACAAGCCGUCAAGAGGGGAGCGAGCGGCGGAGGGCCGGUCAUCAUGGGCAGCCUGCUCAAGGAGUCGUUCGAGGGGCCUAUGUGCUCCGGCUGGAUCGCGGCGGCACAGGCCGCGGGGAUAGAGUCGGUGGAGGUGAGCUCGGCCCUCGGCCUGCUGCUCUCCGUCAAGGACGCGACGGAGGUGGAGAUGGUCAAGAGGGCCGCCAUUCUUACCAACAAGGUGCUCAAGUACGGGUUCAUCAAGAAGAUGCAGGAGGUCAUUGAAGAGGAGGAGACGACAACACACGAGAAGCUGGCGCAGGAGGUGCAGGACAUCAUCGAAGACCCUUCCAAGAUCAAGCUCAACGUCGCGAGAGAUCUGGUGGAGUCGUGCUACUUCCCCAUCGUACAGAGCGGUGGGCACUACCAGCUCAAGGCUUCCGCCCAAAGCGACGAGAGUAAUCUGAGCUACGACGUCAUCCUCUGCUCCAUGGGCGCCCGGUACAAGAGCUACUGCGCGAACGUGUCCCGCUCGUUCUUCAUCAACCCGCCGAAGAAGGUCCAGAACACGUACCGCACUCUCUUGUCGCUGUACCACAAGUGCCUGGACAACCUUAGGCCGGGGGAGCCGGUGAAGGGGGUCGUCGAGAAGGCGCACCGAUACCUCCAGGACAAGUCCCCACACCUCGAAAAGUCCAUCACUAAGACGCUCGGGUUUUCCUUGGGCCUGGACUACAGGGAGUCGGCCAUGGUGAUCAGCGCUAAGAACUCAACCAAAAUGAAAGACGGCAUGGUGUUCAACCUGAGCGUGGGCCUUCAGGACGUGCCUUUAUCGACGGCUGAUAAGAAGGGUGGCUCGUCCUACCAGAUGGAAACCUUCUCCGUCAUAAUCGCAGACACCGUGGUGGUAAGGGAGACCGGGGCGGAGGUCCUAACCAAGCAGUCGAAGGAGUGGAAGGACAUCUGCUACAACCUCAAGGGGGACGACGGGGGCAGCGACGAAAACGAAGACGACGACGAUGAUGACGAGGACGGGGAGGAUGGGGAAGGCGGCGGCAGGAGGAAGAAGAAGGGCGACGGAGGGGACGGUGGGGACGACGGGAGGCUGCCCGGGAGGGCCAAGGAGAGGGCGGCGGCGCUGGAACGGCGCGCGAGGGGCGAGGACGGGUCCGGCGACGAGGGGGGCGAGGAGGUGGACGAGCUCGCCGCCUACAAGGACCCCGCAGACUACCCCCGGCGCGUGCAGCCGAACCAGCUGUUCGUGGACAUGGAGAAGGAGGUGGUGUUCGCGCCCAUCAACGGACAGCCGGUGCCCCUGUCGAUCCACACGAUCAAGAACGUCACCCAGCCCGACCCCGACAACCACUGCCACUACCUGCGGAUCAACUUCUUCACCUCGGGGGCGUCCCUCGGCAAGGAAGCUUCCCGGACGAUGGCCAAGGAUCCGGCGACGUUCGUGAAGGAGCUCAUCUACCGCAGCUUGGAGCGGCAGAACCUUGACAAGGUCUACCGCCAGAUCCAGGAGCUGAGGAAGCGCCUGCGCACUCGCGAGCAGAAAGCGGUGGAAGAGGCGGACCUGGUGACGCAGGCCAAGCUCAUCCGGAGCAAGGACCAGCGUGUGCCGCGGCUGCAGGACCUGACGAUGCGGCCAACGCUGGCCGGCAAGACCGUGGGGUCCUUGGAGGCGCACUCGAACGGCCUGCGCUUCACGUCCCAGAAGCACGCGCCGCUGGACUUCCUAUACGCCAACAUCAAGCACGCCUUCUACCAGCCGUGCAACGGGGUGAUCGACACCAAGGUCAUCUUGCACUUUAGCCUUAAGCACCCCAUCAUGGUGGGCAAGAAGGCGCACAAGGAGAUUCAGGUGUCGACGGAGGCGAUCGACGCAACGGUUAACCUCGACGGCGUGAAGCGGUCCAACUACGACCCGGACGAGAUGAUGGAAGAGCAGCGCGAGAGGGGAAUGCGCAAGCGCCGCAACAACGCCUUCAAAGACUUCGCCUCCAAGGUCACGAAGGCCGCGAGCAGGGACGGCCAGAGCUUGGAGUUCGACAUCCCCUUCGACCAGCUCGGCUUCGGGGGGAAGCCCUUCAAGGAGGCGCGUACCAAUACACUAAUGGGAUUCAUCCAGCCGACGACGUACGCGCUGAUCAACGUGACGGACUUCCCGUUCUUCGUUGUGCCGCUCAACGAGAUCGAGCACGUGCACUUCGAGCGUGUCUUCUCCAGCUCCAAGACGUGCGACAUGAAGAUCAUCAUGAAGGAGAACAUGUUGGAGAACGGUGGCGAGCCGAAGACGAUCGACAUGAUUGACCAGAACAAGUAUCUGAACAAGAUCAUGCAGUGGCUGGAGGAGUGCGAGAUCACGUACACGCAGACCGCGAAGCCGUGGAACUGGAAGGCCAUGAUGGCAGAUAUCAGGGGUGACAACCGCUUCUACCUCGACACUUACGAAGAUGGAGAGAGAAAGCCCGCAGGAUGGGCCCGUCUUCGAGAGGAGGACUCCGAGGACGAGGACGAGGAGAACGACGGGGAGAGCGACUUCACUGCGGACAGCUCCGAGGAGGAGAGCAGCGACGACGACGACAGCGACGACUCGGAGGACGAGGAGUCUGAGGACGACAGCGACGAAGAGGGAGACGACGACCUGGAGGAGGAGGGGCUCGACUGGGACGAGCUCGAGAAGCGGGCCCGGCGCGACGACACCAACAAGAGGGACUGGGAAGGGGAUCAGCCCGCGCCCAAGCCCGCAGCGAAGAGGCGACGACGCUGAGCAACACUGAGCAACAGGGUCAAGAGAGGGAGAUUUAGGUGUACGUAGGACCACCGCAGUGUGUUUCCAGGAGUAAAGCCGGUACCAUAUCGUCGUGCCGUGACAAGGGUUGUGCGUGUGCGUUUUUUUGGAGGCGGAGAGAUGGGAGAGACCCCCCCCCCCCCCAGCAUGCAUGCAUGGUCUGCAGCUAGCUCAUGUUGGUGGGGAUCCAUCGGUGGCAUUAAAGCCAAAGGGGUGGGAAAGGUAUCCGCUGGGCCGGCGGGAGAAGGCGACACGGGCGCUGCGGAGAAGAGGCGAGCAUUCCCUCGGCGUGCCGCGAGUUUUAACCCCCCGCCGAGGGUGCUCAUUGGCCGCUGAACUCGAUCGGUGUACAUGUCCAUCCCAACCC